AUGGCCUCCGAGGAGGAAUAUCUCUUUGAUAGGGAGCGCCAUUUGAAAUACUGGAAAAGGUGUGCACAAAUCCUGCCCGAGCCUUACACAUCAGGUGAAGCCAACCGAAUGAGUUUCGGCUUCUUUAUCGUGGCUGCGCUGGAUCUGCUGGGAGCACUCGACACCGUCAUCACGCCAGCCGAGAGACAGGGCUGGAUUGAGUGGAUCUACACCUGUCAAGUCCCUCACACAGGCGGCUUCCGGGGUUUCACGGGGACAAUGCUCGGGGGCCAGAGGAGUUACAACAACUGGCACUGGGAUCCGGCCAAUCUGCCAAACACCUACUUUGCACUGGCUACCUUGGUGAUUCUGGGAGAUGACCUUGCCAGGGUGAAGAGGAAAGAAUGCCUUGCCUGGGUGACAGGUCUACAACGACCGAAUGGCAGUUUCGGGGAGUUCCUCGGAGAGAAUGAUCAGGUCGAAGGGGCAGACGAUCCAAGACACUGCAUGUGCGCCGUUGGUAUCAUGAAAAUACUACAGGGCUAUGGGGAGCAAGCGGAGAGGUCGACUUUCGACGAAGCAGGCUUGCAGAGAUAUAUUGCCAAUUGUCAGUCUCAUGAGGGUGGGAUUGGUCAAGCUCCUCUUCUCGAAGCUCAUUCCGGGCUGAAUUACUGUGGCAUCGCAACACUCUCAUUUCUCGGGCUGCUUCACAAACCCGCGAUAUCCGUGCAGGAGAUGGCGGAACGAGCCAACGUCGACACAUCAAUCUGUACCAGAUGGAUGCUGGAUCGACAAACAACAUGGAUAGAAGACGACGAGGACGAAGAUGAAGGCGAAGACAGCCAGCCUGGAGAUCGAGCCGAUACCGGGAACGACCACGGAGCUUACCCAUCGUCCUCUGACCUGUCCAGUCUGCAGACCAGCUUGGUCAUGCCGAAGGCGAUUGCUGGAUUUUGCGGCCGCUGUGGGAAGAUCGCAGAUACCUGUUAUUGCUUUUGGAACGUGGGAGCUCUUGCAAUCCUGCAACAGCACCAUCUUGUUGAAGUCGACUCGUUAAGGCGAUAUCUUCUGGGAAAGGUCACCCACAUGAUCGGCGGAUUUGCGAAGGGCCCUGGCGAACUUCCGGAUCUCCUGCACUCAUAUCUUGGGCUCGCAACACUGGCAAUAUACAACGAGCCCGGUUUGAAGGAGCUGGAUCCCACAUUCUGUAUCAGCAAGGAUGCUGUACAAAGGUUGACGAAGAUAGUACGGUGGCAAAGCUAG